AUUCUCCACAGUUUUCCUAGUGCGGACUCACGGUGGAAUUCGAUGUGCACUGAAGCGAAUGUAUGUCAAUAACAUACCAGACCUCAACAUUUGUAAAAGGGAAAUUACAAUUAUGAAAGAGCUGUCUGGUCACAAAAAUAUUGUGGGUUAUUUGGACUCUGCUGUGAAUUCUAUUAGUGAGAAUGUGUGGGAAGUGCUUAUCUUAAUGGAAUAUUGUCGAGCUGGGCAGGUAGUGAAUCAGAUGAAUAAGAAGCUGCAGACAGGUUUUACAGAACCGGAAGUGUUACAGAUAUUCUGUGAUACCUGCGAAGCUGUUGCAAGGUUGCAUCAAUGCAAGACUCCGAUAAUUCACCGGGAUCUGAAGGUAGAAAAUAUUUUGUUGAAUGAUGGCGGAAACUAUGUACUUUGCGACUUUGGCAGUGCCACUAAUAAAUUUCUUAAUCCUCAAAAAGAUGGAGUUAAUGUAGUAGAAGAAGAAAUUAAAAAGUACACGACUCUGUCAUACAGAGCCCCUGAAAUGAUCAACCUUUAUGGAGGGAAACCCAUCACCACCAAGGCUGAUAUCUGGGCACUGGGAUGUUUACUCUAUAAACUUUGUUUCUUCUCGCUUCCUUUUGGUGAGAGUCAGGUUGCUAUCUGUGAUGGCAACUUUACCAUCCCAGACAGUUCUCGUUACUCCCAUAAUAUACAUUGCCUAAUAAGAUUUAUGCUUGACCCAGACCCAGAAUGUAGACCUGAUAUAUUUCAAGUGUCAUAUUUUGCAUUUAAAUUUGCCAAAAAGGAUUGUCCAAUUUCUAACAUCAAUAAUUCUUCUAUUCCUUCAGCUCUUCCUGAACCGAUGACUGCUAGUGAGGCAGCUGCUAGGAAAAGCCAAAUAAAAGCCAGAAUAACAGAUACCAUUGGACCAACAGAAACCUCAAUUGCACCAAGACAAAGACCAAAGGCCAACUCUACUACUGCCACUCCCAGUGUGCUGACUAUUCAGAGUUCAGCAACACCUGUCAAAGUCCCUGCACCUGGUGACUUUGGCAAUCACAGACCAAAAGGGGCACUGAGACCUGGAAAUGGCCCUGAAGUCUUUCUGGGCCAAGGCCCCCCUCAACAGCCGCCCCAGCAGCAUCGUGUACUCCAGCAGCUACAGCAGGGGGACUGGAGGCUGCAGCAGCUCCACUCCCAGCACCGCCACUCUCAGCAGCAGCAGCAGCAGCAGCACCACCGCCGCCACCACCGCCACCACCGCCACCCACUCCGGGACACUUAUGUGCAGCAGUAUCAACAUGCAGUGCAGCAGCAGAUGCUUCAGCAGCAGUUGUUAAUGCAUUCAGUAUAUCAGCCACAACCUUCUGCGUCACAGUAUCCUGCAAUGAUGCAGCAGUACCAGCAGUCCUUCCUACAGCAGCAGUUGCUUGCUCAGUGUCAGCCACCGCAGCAGCAGGCAUCGCCUGAGUAUCUCACCUCCCCACAAGAGUUCUCACCAGCUUUAGUUUCCUACGCAUCAUCGCUUCCAGCUCAGGUUGGAACCAUCAUGGGCUCCUCGUGUAGUUCCAAUCGAUUAGUUGCUGAUAAAGAGGCUGUUGCAAAUUUUACAAAUCAGAAGAACAUCAGUAACCCACCUGAUAUGUCAAGGUGGAAUCCUUUUGGAGAGGAUAAUUUCUCCAAGUUAACAGAAGAGGAACUGUUGGACAGAGAAUUUGACCUUCUAAGAUCAAGUAAGGGACACUUGAAGGCUUAUUUUGCUUCACAGUAAAAUAGCAGCUCUAUAAUUAUUCAGCAAGGCCAAAGACUGUUUUGAGAUGGUGUAUAGAAAAUUCUUUUUGUGCAUUUGAGGGCGAAAUUCAGGCCAACUUUUAAAAUAUAUACUAUCAAACUAUGUUGUGUGCGUUAGAAAUCAAUUGCUUGAAACUAGCAUAAAACCUAAGAUUGCUGAUAGUAUGCUGAUAUCCUACCUAACAAACCCUUAAAUACUGCAUAUCUAUGAAUGUUAAAUUUAGAUUAUCUCCAAAACAUGGAAUACUCAUGUUCAAAUAAAAAGGGAGGUGUUAUUAUCUUGCCUUACUAAUCAUUUUGCAGCUCUGCUUUCUUGCACACUCAGUAGGAAAUAUUGUGGGUCUGAGAUGCCCUUUGAAAAUGCCUGAAAGAAAACUUGGGCUACUACAUUAUGUUAAUGUUUUGUAAUGCCCUUUUAAUGAGUGGUGACAUAAAAGGGCUGCUUUGUUUUCCUGGUAUGGCAAAAGUAAAAUAAAUUAUUUUUCACCUUAAUCAGAUAUCUCAAUGUUUUUACUUGAAAUCAUUGCCUUUCUUUAAACUGCCUGAUAGGUGUGUCAAGCUUCACCAUACAUAUUCUAGAAAUGGUCCUUUUUGCAAGAGUGAUGUGAAUGUUUGAGGAGGUUGCAGAAUAGGAGCAGAGUCCCUUCUCGAGCAUGGAGUGCUGUUCAGGUUUCUGAGGCUCAUGUGUAAAUGUGUGUGUGUAUGUGUUUCCUUUUGCACGUGAAAAGAAAGGCAUAGGCCGGAGUGUCUAGUUCCUAGUUUCUGUGUUAUUUAGGUUACUGGCCUUAUAAGAAUACUUACUAGAUGAAAUUUUUGUUCAAAAUUGAUAUAUAUUUUAUGUAAAACUUAUAAAUGCCCUGAAUUUAUGUAAGAAUAGUCAUUUGGGAUUUAAAUUUGUAUUUUACAUAUUGGUUAUAUGAUUAUAAAAAUUAAAUUGAUGAUUAAAUGCAGAUAUAAAUGAAUUCUGAGCCCUUAAUAAAGGUUUGUUAACUUUGGUAAAAACCAAUCUUGCAUCUUAUUAAAACAAUUUUUUUUAAA